AUGGACGCACCUUCUGCAGGAGGAGAGAGUGUGACUGUGCGGACCCCGAGGCAGACCUGUUCUGCUGUCCUGAGUGUGACUCCAGAAAGUCCAGCCAAUGUCUGCACCAGAGUGGACACACACUGUACCGCAGCAGAGACUCCUGGAUCUACAGCUGCCAGCAGUGCCGCUGCCUGGUAUGUACACACACACAGACGUUUGCAUGCAUAUACACAUGCUUGAAUGCACAUACAGACACACAGACAUUCACACACACACACACUUCUUGUGUACUUUGUUGUACACAAACACACACACUCUCUUGUUCACACACGCACGUUUUAAACUUGUGCAACAUGGAUGAAGAGGAUGUGUGUCUCCUCUGAUCAUGAUUGCGUGUCUUCCAUGAGCAGCACCCAGCUAAUUAUUAUGGCUACCUGGAAACAAAGCAGUUCCUUGCAUGCUAAUGAGACAGGCUGUGAAGAAGCCUGAUAACUGAAGAAAAAGCAGAUGAUACCAUCUUGAUAUGAAAUACAAUUAUAAUUUUUGUGGCCUUGGCUGCGUUUGUGAAUGUGUGUGACGUCUUUGUGUGUGUGUGUACAUGUGCGAGGUGUAUGACCUUACUCUGGUGGACCUAAUAAUUAGUGGGCUCUGACAGCUGUGCAAUUAGCGAAGCGGUGCUGCCGUGGAAACACAAAUCCCAGGAUCAGCACGGCACCAACAACCACUCUAAUUGGCCCAGCCAGCCUUCAGGUGUCAUCAGAAAGGAAUAAAUACAUUCUAAGGCCUUAGACACAGGUGUCACUACUGUAGCCUAUGGCCAAACCUUCAAGUGACUCACACCAAGAGAGACAGAGAAUCUAGAGUGUGAGCCUGUGAUAUUAAACUGAUAUUAUAAACUGUGUGCUUCGAGCCCUGAAUGCUGAUUGGCUGACAGCCGUGGUAUAUCAGACAUAAUACCACAGGUAUAACCAGUUUAUAAUAGCAAUAAGGCACCUUCGAGGUUUGUGGUAUAUGGCCAAUAUACCAUGGCUAAGGGCUGUAUCCACGCACUCCGUGUUGUGUCUUGCCUAAGAACAGCCCUUAGCUGUGGUAUAUUGGACAUAUACCACACCCACUUGGACCUUAUUGCUUAAGUAUAUGUACUGAUCCCACUGUCAGCCAUCAGGUGAUUCACAUCAGAGAGCUGCUCAGACACUUGUCUCUCUACUCCUAGAUUUAUCCUUUCAAUAUGGUCUUACAAUACCCCAUAGUAGUCAUCUCAGGGUCCAGCGGUUAUAAGGACUGUUCCAAACUAUUUUUUUCGGCCCUUGUUUUUCUUUUAUUCUCCUCCAAUCCCUCUCCCCUUCUCUCUCUUUCUCUCUCUCUCUCUGUAGGAGGGAGAGGUGGACUGCUGGCCCCUGGCGUGUCCAGUGUUGUCAUGCAAGUACUCAGCCUUGGCGGAGGGUGAAUGUUGCCCGCACUGCGUCACUGACCCCUGCGUGGCAGACAAUAUUGCCUACGACAUCAGGCAGACCUGCCAGGACCCCACGGGCAUCACCCGCCUCAGCAGUGCCACGUGGCCCAUGCCAGGGUCACCCUGUACCACCUGCAAGUGCAAGGUAACAACAACAACUCAUCUCUUAACUGACACAGACACACACACACAGACAAACACAUAUACACACACAGGCGCACGCAAAAACACACAUACAGUACCAGUCAAAAGUUUGGACACACCUACUCAUUCAAGGGUUUUUCUUUAUUUUUACUAUUUUUUACAUUGUAGAAUAAUAGUGAAGACAUCAACACUAUAUAAUACCACACAUUGAAUCAUGUAGUAACCAAACAAGUGUUAAACAAAUCAAAAUAUACUUAGGUUCUUCAAAUAGCCACCCUUUCCUUGAUGACACCUUUGCACACUCUCGGCAUUCUCACAACCAGCUUCAUGAGGUAGUCACCUGGAAUGCACUUCAAUUAACAGGUGUGCCUUCUGAAAAGUUAAUUUGUGGAAUUUCUUUCCUUCUUAAUGUGUUUGAGCCAAUCAGUUGUGUUGUGACAAGGUAUGGGGGGUAUACAGAAGAUAGCCCUAUUUGGUAAAAGACCAAGUCCAUAUUAUGGCAAGAACAGCUCAAAUAAGCAAAGAGAAAGGACAGUCCAUCAUUACUUUAAGACAUGAAGGUCAGUCACUCUGGAAAAUGUCAAUAACUUUGAAAGUUUCUUCAAGUGCAGUUGCAAAAACCAUCAAGCGCCACGAUGAAACUGGCUCUCAUGAGGACCGCCGCAGGAAUGGAAGACCCAGAGUUACCUCUGCUGCAGAGGAUAAGUUCAUUAGAGUUACCAGCCUCAAAAAAUGCAGCCCAAAUAAAUGCAUCACAGAGCUCAACUCACAGACACAUCUCAACCUCAACUGUUCAGAGGGGACUGUGUGAAACAGGCCUUCAUGGUCUAAUUGCUGUAAAAAAAAACACAACUAAAGGACACCAAUAAUAAGAAGAGACCUGUUUGGGCCAAGAAACACGAGCAAUGGACAUUAGACCGGUGGAAAUGUGUCCUAUGGUCUGGAAUCCAAAUUGGAGAUUUUUGGUUCCAACCGCCGUGUCUUUGUGAGACGCGGUGUGCAUGAACGGAUGAUCUCCGCAUGUUUAGUUCCCACCGUAAAGCAUGGAGGAGGAGGUGUUAUGGUGUGGGGGUGCUUUGCUGGUGAUGCUGUCUGUGAUUUAUUUAGAAUUCAAGGCACACUUAACCAGCAUGGCUACCACAGCAUUCUGCAGUGAUAUGCCAUCCCAUCUGGUUUGGGCUUAGUGGGACUAUCAUUUGUUUUUCAACAGGAUAAUGACCCAACACACCUCCAGGCUGUGUAAGGGCUAUUUUACCAAGAAGGAGAGUGAUGAAGUGCUGCAUCAGAUGACCUAGCCUCGACAAUCCCCCGACCUCAACCCAAUUGAGAUGGUUUGGGAGGAGUCGGACGGCAGAGUGAAGGAAAAGCAGCCAACAAGUGCUCUGCAUAUGUGGGAACUCCUUCACGACUGUUGGAAAAGCAUUCCAGGUGAAGCUGGUUGAGAGAUUGCCAAUAGUGUGCAAAGCUGUCAUCAAGGCAAAGGGUGGCUAUUUGAAGAAUCUCAAAUGUAAAACAUAUUUUGAUUUGUUGAACACUUGUUUGGUUACUACAUGAUUCCAUAUGUGUUAUUUCAUAGUGUUGAUGUCUUCUCUAUAAUGGCCCCGUGUAGCUCAGUUGGUAGAGCAUGGCGCUUGCAACGCCAGGGUUGUGGGUUUAAUUUCCACAGGGGGCCAGUAUGAAAAAAAAAAAUGUAUGCACUCACUAACUCUAAGUUGCUCUGGAUAAGAGCGUCUGCUAAAUGACAAAAAUGUAAAUAUUCUACAAUGUAGAAAAUUGUAAAAAUAUAGGAAAACCCUUGAAUGAGUAGGUGUGUCCAAACUUUUGACUGGUACUGUACAUACAUUCAUACAUACAUACAUAGUUUGAAAAAUGUAUGCACUUACUAACUGUAAAUCGCUCUGGAUAAGAGCGUCUGCUAAAUGACUAAAAUGUCAAUACACACACACUGACACACACACACACACACACACAGAGUGAAUGGCAAGCUUUCCCUGCACCUCCUGCAAGUGCAAAGUAUUGUACAGGUUCUGCUGAUAUUGUGUCAUACAGGCACACCUUUUAGACACACAGCCAAUGCCAGGACCACCCUGCAUAUUUACAGGAACACAAACACACACAGCUUUGUCACCUGCAAGAACAAAGCAGGCAACCCUAACCUAGGCCAGGAUUCAAUGCAGGGCACAUCAGAGGGCAGCACACUGUACAGCCGAUAAUGCACUUUUUAAAGGCAUUUUCCCCGAUGUUCGCAGAGAUCGCAUUCAUGGUAAAUGCUGCAGAUGUCGACUCUAUAGCGUAAAUUACCUUUUAACAUUUGUUGAAUCCCAGCCCUAACUUCACCUUGCAUCACACACACAUGGUAACAUAAGCAAACAAGCACAAACAGAAUGGAACUAACUACCUGUCUCUCUUUUUUUUUCUUCAUGUUCCCCUUUUGUAUCACUGCCGUGGUCAGAAUGGAAGUGUGUGUUGCUCGGUGGAGCUGGACUGCCUUCAGAACAACUAAACACUCCUCUUUCGGAAGCCGUACUCCUCUCCUCCACUCCAAUAGCUCCUUUCCUCCAAUCCUAGACUGGUCAUACUGUUUGAAGACCCUACCUUUGGACCUUUUUUCCACGCACAUACGCACGCGCACACACACACUCUGCCUGGGUUAGGGCAGUGGCUAGAGCUGUGUGUCCACACUGGUUCUUCAAGCCACACUGUAUCGCUGACAGACGGAGAGAUGGAGUGUGUGUCUGUUAUACAACUACAGGAGGAGACCGACCCACAUAUAACCGUUUCCUCACUCACCCCCUACUUGCACCCUUAUACGUGUGUGUAGGUUGUGUGCGUGCAUGUGUGUGAGUGUGUGUAUACCAGGGAUUCCCAAACUCUUUUGGCCCACAACCCCAUUUUGAUAAAAAAAUAAUUGCUACCCCACCAUGUAAAAAGUUAUGUAAUCAAGGGACAGUUUUUUUAAAUUGGGGCUAUGACAGUCUAUUAGAAAUCAGUCUGACCGUACUUUUGACAGUAUUUCAAUGUGAAGGAAUUAUGGUUUGAAGUGACUGAAAUGCAUCGGAAAUGUGUUGGGAAGUUCAGAAAAUCAUCAGGCAAUAAUUUUGUAUGAUCUUCUGUGUAGAAAAGAACAUCAUCGUUGAUGAUGCUUUUUUUCCCCAGUCUGAUUUACUGCCUGGUCUUGUCCACUCUGUUCUAAUGAGUCCUGUGUGACAUGUGGGAAUUGUAGAGGGAGACAGAAAACGCAUGCGUGUUCCUGAGAAUCGUAUGUUUGAUGGGGUCAUAAUAUUUUGUAGCUUAAAUGGUUCAAAAGAUAGAGCCACAUUUGCAUGAAGAAAACAGAAACUGCUGUGUUUAUUACAACUGCAUCUAGCGGCUACCAGCGCAAUUCUUUCCCCCGAGUUUCUCUCAAAUGAAAUUGUAUUGGUCGCGUACACAUAUUUUGCAGAUGUUAUCGCAGGUGCAGUGAAAUGCUUAUGUUUCUAGCUCCAACAGUGCAGGAAUACCUAACAAUACAAAAUAAUACACACAAAUCCCCAAAAAUUUAAAGAAAGAAAUUAAGAAAUAUCAGAACAUGCAAUGUCAGAGUCUGAAAUAUAAAUGUAUAUAGUGGUGUAUAUAGACAGUAUGGACAGUAUAUGAAUAGAAAAGGUGUGUACAGCAGUAGUUAUAUAGGAUGAGCCUUGACUAAAAUCCAGUAUAUACUGUACAUAUGAAGUGGGUAAAAUGGUAUGUAAACAUUACUAAAGUGACCAGUGUUCAAUGACUAUGUACAUAGGGCAGCAAUAUCUAAGAUGCAGGUAGAGUACCAGGUGGUAGCCGGCUAGUAACAGUGACUAAGGUUCAGGGCAGGGUGCUGGGCGGGGGCCGGCUAGUGGUGACUGUUUAACAGUCUGAUGGCCUGGAGAGAUAAGCUAUUUUUCAGUCUCUCGGCCCAAGCUUUGAUGCACCUGUACUGUCUCUGCCUUCUAGAUGGUAGCGAGGGUGAACAGGCCGUGGCUCGGAUGGCUGAGGUCCUUGAUGAUUUUCUUGGUCUUCCUGUGACACCGGGUACUGUAGAUGUCCUGGAGGGCAGGCAGUGUGCCCCCGGUGAUGCUUUCGGGCUGAUUGCACCACCCUCUGGAGAGCCCUGCGAUUGCGGACGGUGCAAUUGCCAUACCAGGUGGUAAUACAGCCCGACAGGAUGUUCUCAAUGAUGCAUCUGUAGAAGUUUAUGAGGGUCUUAGGGGCCAAGCCUAAUUUCUUCAGCCUCCUUCUUCACCACACUGUCUGUGAAUGGACCAUUUCAGGUUGUCAGUGAUGUGCCCACUGAGGAACUAGAAGCGUUUCAUCCUCUCCACUGCAGCAACAUCGAUGUGGAUGGGGGCGUGCUCUCUCUGCUGUCUCCUGAAGUCCACGAUCAGCUCCUUCAUUUCAUUUUGUUGACGUUGAGGGAGAGGUUAUUUUUCUGGCACCACUACGCCAGGGCCCUCACGUUCUCCCUGUAGGCUGUCUCAUUAUUGUUGGUUAAUCAAGUGGGGACAACAGACAAGGAUAGAGAGAUUGAAUAUGUCCAUAAACACUCUAGCCAACUGCACACGCGGAUAGGGAUGCUGUCUGGGCCGGCAGCCUUGCGAGGGUUAACACGCUUAAAUGUCUUACUCACGUCGGCCACAGAGAACGAGAGCUCACAGUCCUUGUGUUUUCCUCGAAGCGGGCAAAGAAGGUGGGACCGAUGACACUGCUGUGAGGUAGUCAACUGUCCCCGUACCAGGGUUGUAUUCAUUACUACACACUGAAAUGAAAAUGUGAGUUUCUUAUUGAACAAAUUCAGGUAGUACAUCCCCGUUUCGGUCCAUUUUCUUCUGCUUGGUUUUUACUGAAUACGACCCAGGUGGAUGAGAUGAGCCACCCUCCUUUAGAAUAUAACGUUUUUUGAGCUCUUUGAAAAGUGCCAUAAAAAUUGCUUUCCAAUAUCAUUAUUGUAGUCAUCAUGUGUUAUAGUGUGAAAUACUGAUCCUGAUUGAGCACACAAUGUCUUUGUCCCACCUGAUCUGAGGUCAGCCCUGCUGUAUAGUGGUACAAUGGAUGUGUUGUCUUAUCCUAGAGAUCCAAUCUACAGCAUUUCAUAUGGGCACUGAUGUCGCUAAUGUCUUUUAGGUUCUACAAGGAGUACAAAUGA